AUUUCUGGGGUGUUUAACCUCUUUCAGGGCUUGUUGCGAGGUUGUUUCGCAAGAGCCAAACAGGCGGCUCAGUUCAAAGCCCAAAGCGUUGUGGUUUCAGAGAAUUUUCCCGGGUUUGGUGCAAAAUGAGCCAAGGACCAGCUGUACAUAACCUCACAUGCUGGGGGGAACCUGGUUUCCACUGCAUUUUGGGGAUAAAUCCUCCUCGCUGCUCCCCAAAUCGCCCCGUGGCCCCCGCAAAGUGACCCCGAAGGGGGUGCUGGAAAUAGCGGGUGAGAAUUUAAUCCGCUGGAUUGUUUCUCCCCGUUACUGGGUGCGUCUGAAAGGCGACGCCGACGCAUUCCUGCAGUAUUCAUGAAGCCCCGGUGACAGGGCAGGCACCCACAGCCGAGCCAGGGACAGCAGGGCAGGGAGAGGGGCACAGCGUCCGUCCGUCCGUCCGUCCGUCCGUCCGCAGGGAGGGAUGCCCCGGGCAGCCGGGCGCUUGGGGCCGGGCACCUGAGGGCCACCCGCAUGGAGAACGCCACGGUGCCGCCGGCAGUCGAUGUGGACAAGGGCUUCGCCAUGGCCUUCGUGGUGCUCAUGUGCCUCUUCCUCCUGGCCAUGAUGGUGCGGUGCGCCAAGCUCAUCGUGGAUCCCUACAGCGCCAUCCCCACCUCCACCUGGGAAGAGGAGCAGAUCAACUGAGCCGGGGCAAGCUGGCCCCAGGGACCCUCGGCACCCCUGGGGACUGCAGCCCCCCAGCACAACCCCCAGCCCUCCCUCACCACAGGGUGCUCCAGGGCACCCCCAGGGCACCCCACACCCCCAGGACCAUCCAGCACCCCAGGGUCCUCCAGCAGCGUGGAGGUCCCAGCACCCUCAGAGCCCACCCAUUGCCCCCCAGCACCCUCAGGGCCCUCCAUCACCCCCAGCACCUCAUGGUGCCCCCAGCACCCCAAGGCCCCCCACCAUCCUCAGAGGUCCCCAUUGCCCCCCAGGGCCCCUCAGAACCCUCUCAGGGGCCCCCCAGCACACUCAGAGCUCCCAUCGCCCCAGCACCCCAUUGACCCCCGGCACCCCAAGAGUUCUCCAGGGCCCCCCGAGCACUCUCAGAGCUUGCCAUUUCGCCCAGCGCCUCAGGAUCCCCCCCAGGACCCUCAGAGCUCCCCAACACCCCAUGCCCCCCAGCAUCCUCAGAGAUCUCCAGGGUCACCCAAGGCCCCCCAGCACCCCCAGAGCUCCCCAUUGCCCCCCAGGACCCUCAGG